AUGGCCUCUAUGAGUGAACUAUUUUGGAGUUUGAUUGAUCCUUGGCACUUCAUGGCCUUGUCCGCAUCUUGGCUACCUCAUACCGUUGUCUCACUCCUCAGAGACCGCAACUUUCGCGUGCUCCUCUCGCCCUCGGCGUUGCAAGACGCCUGGUUCGGCCACUUCUGGGGCUGGGCCGGCCCCAAUGUCAAGAUGAGCGCCGAGGCGCGAGUGAUUCCCCUGCUCGAGGGCCGCACCAGUGGUGGCCAGGUCGUCGCCGCGCCCACGGGACCCGGCAUCGGCGGCGUCUGCAUUGAGACGGGCGCCGGCAGCGGGUUCUGGGUCGACAUCUUCUCGGACCGCCACCUCAAGCCCGCUGCUGCGGCGGGAGACGGCAGCAAGGCGGCGUCGGGCGGCGCCCGGAAGAAGGUCACGCGCGUCUACGGCGUAGAGCCUAACCCGGGGCAGCACGCCAGCCUGCGCCGCAAGAUCGCCGAGGCCGGCCUCGAUGGCGUGUACGAGAUCGUGCCCGUCGGCAUCGAGGCGCUGGGCCAGCCCUCGGCCAAGUGGGACGGCCGGGUCGAGAAGGAGAGCGUCGACUGCAUCGUGUCGAUCCUGUGCCUGUGCAGCAUCCCCGACCCGCAGCACAACCUCCGCGAGCUGUACGGGUAUCUGAAAAAGGGCGGCCGCUGGUACGUCUACGAACACGUCCGAACUGACGUGAACUGGGGCAUGCGCGCAUAUCAGGCUUUCGUCAACCUGUUCUGGCCGCAGUUCCUUGGCGGAUGCCAGUUAUGCCGCCCGACCGAGCAAUACCUCAGAGAGGCUGGUCCUUGGGCCAAGAUUGACGUCGGCCAACCUGCGGACGAGCCGUGGCACCACUCCGUUCCCCACGUGUUGGGUGUUUUCACGAAGUGA